AUGGCUCCCAUGGCUGAAGAUACGUCGCCUCGGCCUACCAAGGUAAAAGGCAAGGUCACCUUCCCGCCUCCGGUCAAUGGCACACUCAACGGCACAUCCAACGGCACAUCCAACGGCACAUCCAACGGCACAUCCAACGGCCACUACUGCGCCGCCGAGUCCGGCCCCGCAUCGCCAGCUCUCAGCGUCUCCUCCUCCUCGAGGCCGAGCACAUCCUCCUCCUCACCGCGCCCGCAAUCCUAUCGCGAGCCAGAGCCAUCAAAUGGGAUCAGGCACUCCCAGUCACACCGUAUCAAGAGUUUCGGGCCCCAUGAAGAUGACGCUGGUGGCCCCAGAACCCGCCACCACGCCAACAUUCGCACCUACAGCGACGAUGCCCGGACCAAGAAAUUCCCCGAGAUUGCCAGGCCUGUUGAACUCAUGCGCAACAGUUAUGACUGCGUCGUCAUUGGUUCUGGCUACGGUGGUGCUGUGGCUGCCUCGAGGAUCGCCCGCUGUGAAGACCCCUCAGGCAAGCGCCAGUCUGUCUGCGUUCUCGAGCGCGGCAAGGAGAAGUGGCCUGGCGAAUAUCCCUCCGGCGUGCUGGACGCUCUCGACGAGGUCCACGUGUCUGGCCAGUUUGCUCCGGGCUGGUUCCCGCAAACCAUGGUGCAGAACGGCGACCCCACCGGAAUGUACCACCUCAUCUUUGGCAGGGGAUUGAACACGGUUGUUUGCAAUGCCCUCGGCGGUACGAGUCUGAUGAACGCCAAUGUCUUCCUGGAGGCAGACAAGGAGACAUUGUCUAUGCCGGUCUGGCCUGAGGAAAUCAGGAAGGACCCUAGCAGUCUCGAUAAAUACUACGAUUGGGCCCGAAAAGUGCUCGAGCCGAUGCCAUAUCCCGACGACUGGCCCGAACUGCCCAAGGUCCAGCUUCUGAAGAAACAGGCCGAAGCUCUCGGCAUGGCUGACAAGUUCAGAAUGGUGCCCCAAACGACGCGAUUCCGCAACGGUCCCAAUAGCACCGGCGUUGAAAUGGCGCCCUCUGCUUUGACGGGACAAGAUUGCACGGGUGUCAAUGACGGAUCCAAGAACUCGACUCUCGUCACAUACUUGGCUGAUGCUUGGAACUGGGGUGCCGAGAUGUUCUGCGAAUGUGAGGUUCGUUACAUCAAGAAGGCUGAGGGUCGCGAGGGCUACAUCAUCUACUUUGCUUGGCAUGGCCGGAACAGGGGCCACUUCAAGGCGAACCUCCAUGACGACCUCAUGUGGGUACACGCCAAGGAGUGUGUCUUUCUCGGCGCCGGCUCAGUUGGAACCACGGAAAUCCUCCUUCGAAGCAAGGAGAUGGGUCUUCCCAUGAGUGACCGUGUCGGACAGAACAUGAGCGGCAACGGCGAUAUGCUAGCUUUUGGAUACAACACCGACUACGAAGCCAACGCCAUUGGCAAGCCCUUCCCCAACCCUUAUAACCCUAUUGGGCCGACCAUCAACUCCAUCAUUGACGAUCGUGCGGGUCACGAGAAUCCGCUUGACGGCUAUGUCAUCGAAGAGGGCGCCAUCCCUCGCGCCCUGGCCCCCUUCCUCCAAACCCUCCUAGAGAUGAUGCCUGGCAACCAGGCCCCUGCCGGCGAUUCUUUCAGCGAGAAGGUUCGCUCGAGUCUCGCAAACUACAAGAGUCGUUUUCUGGGGCCCUAUGCUCAGGGCGGUUCUUUGGAUAACACCCAGGUAUACCUGGUCAUGUCACAUGACAGCAGCCAAGCCAUGUUGACUCUAAAGGACGACAAGCCCGUGCUGGAAUUCCUCGGCGUAGGCCGCAGCGAUCAGGUCAAGAAGCUGCAUGAUCUCCUCAGCAAGGCGACGCAGGCCGUUGGCGGCACAUUUGUACACAACCCAUUCUAUGCCUUGAUGGGCAACCAGCAGGUCACCGUUCACCCCAUUGGUGGUGCUUGCAUGGCACGUGAUGGCAGCCCCGAGACGGGCGUGACGACACACGCUGGCGUUGUCUUCACAGGAGAAGAUGAGGAAACCCACGACGGCCUCAUCAUCACAGAUGCUUCCGUCAUUCCCGCUGCUCUCGGUGUCAAUCCUUUCGCCACCAUCACUGCCCUCGCGGAACGCUCAGUUGAUCACUUCAUCCGCAGGAAAAACUUCAAGAUCCACGAAAAGCGCAAUGGUAUCAUUGAUCUCUUUGGCGAGCCAAAAUAUUCACCCCAGAAGAUGAAGAAAGCAAAGCUCGACGCGGAAGCGCUGGAGAUCAAGGAGGCAAGCUCCAAGAUUUCACGCGCCAUGGUUUCGAAUGCCGCUGGUUUUGGCUUUACCGAGGUCAUGUCUGGCUUCGUGCACCGCGACACUGGACUCACCGGCGACAAGCGUAGCACCUAUGAGUUGGCAUACCGAACGGCCAAAAGCCUCUGCGAGAGCGCACGCUUCUUCCUCAGCGUACAAGCAUUCAACACGAGGUCGACCAUUCAGGAGCCGGACCACUCGGCAAUGCUGACCGGCACUUUUGUCUGCCCUGCCAUCUCCGGCUCACCGUUCAUGGUACAACGAGGAGAUUUCAAUCUCUUCAUCCUUGACCAGAAGGCACCAGGGACGCGCAACAUGACCUACGACUUUGACAUGCGCGGCAUUGAUGGCAGGACACUGCACUUCCACGGCUACAAAGUUGUUGACUCGUCCGUGGCACUGGCUCCGUUCCAGUUCUGGAGGGCUACCAGCACUCUGUACGUGACCAUCCUGGAGCCGUGUCACGACCUUGAUACGGUCGAAAACUGCGAGGAGCCGUGGCGACUCGGCAAAGUCGUGGCCAAGGGCAUCAUGCAUAUCCAGCCUUCCGACUUUUUCUCGCAGAUCAUGACGAUGACGCCUACGGGGAGCAGCCUCUUGAAGAAGGCCUACAGCGCGGCCAGCUUCCUCACGUACUUCACUCGCAAGUCUCUCUCGCUCUUCCUAGGGCCGUUCACGCCACUACAAUACCCAAGUGUGAGCUACAAUGGCUAUGUCAACGAUACGCCGACAGACGCGUCCUUUGUCAUUGUAGCGCAGGACAAUGUCAAGACAAAAAUGCAUAUGUGGGAGUCGACAAACCCUGACAUCGAGACGAAGAACCUGAUCAUGAUACCUGGAGCGGCAGUGGACCACCAGAUCUACGCGCUGCCCACGAUCCAAUACAACGCGGUCAACUACUUCACGCGGGCUGGCUACCGAGUCUUCAUUCCCGUACAUCGCAUCGGACAGCUCAUGGUAGCGCAGAACAACUGGACGACAUAUGACGCUCGUCUGGACCUUCGCGCUUGCCUCGAGUAUAUCCGGGAGAACUAUGCUGACGGCAAUGCCGAGGGCAACAAAAUCUAUGCCAUCGCGCACUGCAUGGGCAGCGUGGCCUUUUCCACCGGCCUUUUGGACGGGACUAUCCCGAGCGACUGGAUCCUCGGUAUUACAGCCAGCCAGGUCUUCAUGAACCCACUGUGGAGUAGGUUGAACUCUGCCAAGGCCCUCGUGGGGCCGGUAUCUCUGGACAGAGCCUAUAGGACGGUGCUCGGCAGUUGGUUCUCUUGCAGCACCGCAAAGGACGAUAGCUUCUUCCAGCGCAUGCUCAAUGAGGUCUUGCGCUUCUACCCAGAGGAGCGCGCCGAGAUUUGCAACAACGCCAGCUGUCACCGAUGCACGCUCGUGUUUGGGCGUUGCUGGAACCACCGGAACCUCAAUGAGGCGACGCAUCGGCAGAUCGACCGGUUCUUUGGCGGUGUCAACAUGACGCAACUACAUCUUCUCAUGAAACAAGGCCUCGACGGCCACGUCAUGACGAACGGCCCGCUGUUCCAGCGCCUCACGACUGACCGGAAUAUCCGUCGCCUCAGAGGCAUCCCGUUCCUGCUCUUCGUGGGUCGUGACAACGCCGUCUUGACACCAGAAGCGACAGAGCGGACGUAUGAGACACUGUGUGAUGUGUUCGGAUCCAGCGGCGGCAACCCCGACGAUGGCAUCCAGUACCGGAGACGCGUGGUCCCUGACUACGGGCAUCUGGACUGCUGGAUGGGACGCAACGCAUGGAAGGAUGUGUAUCCAUUCGUGAGGGAAGAGGUGGACCGUGUUGUCAGGGGUGGAUCUUACAGGUUUGAGGAGCCUGAUGACCGAUUUUUGGCUAUGACAGAGAGUGGUGAAUUACUGUAUUAG